UGAACUCAAGGAAAGUCAACAAUAGUAGUAGUUUCUAUUCUGUCACUACUGGAGUUGACUGUUAUUUAUGUUAGUGCCAUAGAGUCAGCCAUAUGGUAUGAAUGAAAUGAUUUAUUUGACAGUGAUAAGUUAGUGUCAUCACUAAAUCAGGAAGCGAAAAGCAAGACAUGCUAGCAGAUCGUCAGUGACCCAUGACGCAAGUCACUUCAUGUUUUUAUGCCUCUUCUUUAAGCCAUGUAGAGUAGUUAUUGGUUUUCAGCACGGAAGAUUUGCAUACUCUCUCUUCCUGGCUUUCAAGGGUCAUAAAAGAUAAGAGGUUCUCGAAAAGCCAUGACAGGCAGACAUUCACAGGUCUGACACAGUCAUACAGAGUGUUACUGAUUGAAAAAAAAAAUACAAGGUGGAAUUGCCUUUUCAGAGAAACUUCAAUCAUGCCAUACAGUGAAGAUACGAUAAAGAAAAUGCUUCCUAAGAUAUAUCUUCGGAAGUAUGUGGCUCAUGAAAUAAAAGUGACAUUAACUUACUUCAGAAACCUUGUGCCCGUAAUGGAUAAAUAUGUUUACAAUGAUGGAACUACAAAGAACUUGAUGAGUUUAACUGGAACCAUUCCUGCAACAAUUAACAAUACGACAUAUAACAUUCCCAUUUGCCUGUGGAUUGAGGAAACCUAUCCCCAAACUGCUCCCAUCUGCUAUAUCAGACCCACACAACAGAUGAUGAUCCUCAGCGGAAAGUAUAUCUCCAGCAAUGGUGAAGUCAUGCUGCCUUACCUGCGAGAGUGGAAGAAUGGUGAGUGUGACCUAAUCAGCCUUCUCCAGGUGAUGGUUGCCGUAUUUGGAGAAUUCCCUCCAGUAUGUAUGAAGCCUUAUCCAGAGCCUGAGCAAGCCUCUUGUUGGCUACAGUUCCACAGACAAGCAGAAGUAUUUACAGACACAGAUGGAAGUUUAUAUCUGUCUUUAACGAGAGAAGAUGGACAACCUUUUCAGCAAGAAAAUGAAACUAAUUGUUAGUAUUUUAUGCAAUUUGGCAAGUUUGUGAGAGAAAGGGCCAUUUUUUUCCUCAUAUUGUGGAUAUGGUAUCCAUUGACUGUGUGUUAAAUAGUGAAGUCUUCAGACAUGAAAAAGCAUGCUGUAUUUUUAUAUUUCAAAUGAUUUUCAUCACAAAUUAGCACUCUUUCAUUUGAUUUUGUGUGGUGGCAACUGCCUUCAUUGCUUUACAAGUGCCUCAUAAAGAUGUUGCUCAACUGCAUCAAUAUUUUCUGGGCUGUUUGGACUUUAGAUGGGUGUGGUUCUCUGUCAUUUUAUAGAAGCCUGUCCUAUUUUAUAAACUGAUAUAAAAUAGAAAAAAAAACUACCUCUGUCAAAAUAGACUAUAGUUAAAAGCUUUUUUCAUUAGUGUAAGCUAACUUUCACAUAUCCUGAAGACACUGAUUGACUUCGAAAUAUAAUCUUUUGUAAAAACUGACUGAUUUAUUCUGUUAUUGUAAAUAAAUAGCCAUGUUAAACCUG